AUGAGCGUGCCGGCCGACGAGCCGGGCAACCCGGCCCAUGCCGUCUUCGAGAGGUUCCUGCGUGCCGGGGAGUGCCAGGAGGUGCUGGGCUGCUUCAGGGAGCUGUGCCAGCAGCUGGGGCUGCAGGGCAGUGGGCUGCAGCUCUACCAUGGCCUCAAGGCUGCCCUCAACUACUGGAGCGCCAAGGCCCUGUGGAGCAAGCUGGAUAAGAAAGCCGGGCACAAGGACUACGACCAGGGCACAGCCUGUGCCAGCACCAAGGUACUGGGGGCACGGGGCGCGGGGUUUGGGUCUUUCCUUGCCCUGCAUCCUUGUCCCCGGGUCACCACCAACUUCAUCAACCGCCACAGCCGGGCUGAGGUGGAGGUGGCCGAGAUAAGUGGCGUGGCCCGAAUCUACAACCAGAAGUUCUUCCAAAACCUCUACAACAAAACAGGCAUCGACCUGGAAAACAUCGUCUACUACAAGGACGACACUCACUAUUUCGUCAUGACGGCCAAGAAGCAGAGCCUGCUCAAGAAGGGGGUCAUCCUCCAGGACAAAGCGGACAUCGAGAGCCUCCUGUCCCCGGAGAACGUGAACCGGGAUGCCCUCCACAGCUACGCCAAAGAAGCCGCCAACUUCUCCACCAACUACUGCCUGCCCAAGCUGGAGUUUGCCCUCAAUCACCGGGACCUGCCGGACGUCGACAUGUUCGACUUCACCUGCAUGACGCGCUCGGAGAAUGCGGCGCUGGUGUGGCAGCACAGUGGGGCCCGUCUGCUCCUCGGGCUGGUGGGCGACUGCUUGGUAGAGGUGAGGUGUCCCCAUCCUGCUGGGCUGGUCCUGGACCGGGCAAGGAUGGUGGCACUGAGCCCAGCCCUGUCCCUUGCACCCAGGGAGAGUAUCUACCAGCACCUCUCGCAGACCUCCCCGGACAACCCCAACAAGAACAUCAGCCAGUACAGCAUUGACCCGGCCACGCGCUACCCCAACAUCAACCUGCAGGCCAUCAAAGCCAGCCAGGUACCCGGCCCAGUGGGCUGGGGGGGUUGUCCCCUGCCUCUUUGGGAUGGGGACACGUGUGCUGCCUCCCCAGCGGUCUCCGGAGAUGCCUACGAAGAGCUGCUGAGCUGGUGCCAGACCAGCACGGCCGGGUACCGUGGCGUGGUGGUGACCAACUUCACCACCUCCUGGACCAGCGGCUUGGCCCUCUGCGCCCUCAUCCACCACUUUCGCCCUGACCUGGUGGUGCAGGAGCUGAAGCUGGAGGAGCAGCAGUGGCAGCUCGACCAGAAGCUCCGGUGCUACAUGAACAGGGAGGAAUCCCUGAAGACACCUGAGGAUCGUGCGGCCGAGCAGGAGAUCCUGGUGCAGCUGCUGGAGGUGGUGAACAAGCGCAACGUCCUCAUCCACAUCCAGGAGGAAAAGCGGCUCAGCGAGCUGCAGGCAUGA